CUAUAAGAGGGGGCCACACGCUCUCCCCGGUCAUUCGCUUGCGCGCCCUCUGCGGACCGCGGUACCAUGGCCACUGCCCGCCUGCUCGCGUUGCUGCUGCUCCUCGUGGGCGCCCCCGCCGCCGCUGCCGAAUCGAUCCGAGAGACUGAAGUCAUUGACCCCCAAGACCUCCUAGAAGGCCGAUACUUUUCUGGAGCCCUACCAGACGACGAGGAUGUUGGGGGCCCUGGGCAGGAACCCGAUGACUUUGAGCUGUCUGGCUCUGGAGAUCUGGAUGACUCAGAGGACCCCCAGAUCCUUCCUAAAGUAAUCCAACCCCUGGUGCCUCUAGAUAACCAUAUCCCUGACAGGGCAGGGCCUGGCAGCUGGGUCCCCAGUGAACCCAAGGAAUUGGAGGAGAACGAGGUCAUCCCCAAAAGGAUCUCGCCCUUUGAAGGCGACGAGGACGUGUCUAACAGGGUGUCCAUGUCCAGCACUGCGCAAGGCAGCAGCAUCUUCGAGAGGACCGAGGUUCUGGCAGCUCUGAUCGUGGGUGGCGGUGUGGGCAUCCUCUUCGCCGUGUUCCUGGUCCUGCUGCUGGUGUACCGCCUGAAGAAGAAGGACGAAGGCACCUACGACCUGGGCAAGAAACCCAUCUACACGAAAGCCCCCACCAACGAGUUCUAUGCCUGAAGUGCCCGCCUGGGCACUGAUUGGCUUGGACCUCCACAGGGGAGGGAAGCCGAAGGAUUUGGAAGGAUGGACAUUAGGGUAGGGGGAGGGCUACCUAAUACUGACCUUUCAGCAUCUCCAGCUCUGAUAAUGUUUCAAGUGUCGGAAGAGACAUCAUCUUCUGUUCCCUGCCUCUUCUUGAUUCUCUGGGCCUCGGUUGUCCUGGCAGAAAAAUAGGGUUACCUUUGGCCUUGCUGAAGGCAGGUCUGGGAUUGGAUCCUUUCUUGAUCUUAAACUUAAAAUGUGGGCCCAGCUUACAGCCUGUCCUGAACCUGCCUCACCCAGAGCCCCUCAGAAGCUGGGACGGGAGUCCUGCUGGAGCUCUGCCCCCAGCAGCCUUCUCCCUCCCUCUUGUGAAAAGGAGCCAGGAGAAGGAACUAGAACCAUCUGCACCUUGAGACGUGUCCAUCCAAGGGCACUUGUGACCACACUACAGGAGUCUGUGGCACACCUUGGGCCAUUCUCGGCUCUUUCAAGUUGACUUUUUGGAAAUCAACCUUUUUUAUUUGGGGGAGGGUGUGGGGAAGGAGGGAGGCUGGGGAGAAGAAGUCCACACUAGAACGGAUUUGCAGAGUAUUUGCAAAUCUACCUUAAGCGGGGUAGUUUUUUCUGAUUGGUUCAUUCCUUGGUGUAGGGCCUCUGCCUGGGCAAGAAUGUGCCGAUGCCGAGACCUUCUCCGCUCUCUUGCACUUUCCACAGUACCUGCGAAGUUUCUAUUUAAUGGCUUUAUGGCUUUUUAAAAUUUUGUUUCCCGAAAAUGAGAGAAGAGAUGGAGAUAUGAUUUUUAUUAAUUUUUUUUUUUUUUUACUAUUUAUAGCUUCAGAUAGGGCCCUCUUUCCUUCUUUUCUUUAAAUAUCCUUCCCAUUUUUUUUUUUUUUUUAAUACUUAACACUACCCCCGCUGAUGACCUUGGCCCUUUCUGAAGCUGCUUCCUCUAAGGAGUAGCUUUUGCUGAAACAGUUUUCUAGCAGAUCCCAAAAUAUAAUGUAGGGGAUGGUGGGAUAUUUGUGUCUCUUUUCUUGUAAUAUAUUAUUAUUUUUCCUUGGUUCUAGAAAAAUAGAUAAAUAUAUUUUUUCAGGAAAUAGUGUGAUAUGUCCCAUUUGAGGUUGGCUGGAUGGUUGAGUGAGUGGAUUUUCAUGUGGCUGAGUGGGUUUUUGCCUCUCUCUCUCUCUCUGUCUCUCUGUCUCUCUCUGUUCCUGGUGCCUUCUCCUGAUUGGGCUGGAGUAGUUGAGGGUAGGCAGUUCUGCCUUCUUUGUAGCUUCUACUUUGAGCCCAACUGGUGUUCCUUUGCUCUCCCCAAAUUCCUGAGAAAACUGGAGAGCUGUGCUAUCCACUACGGUGGCCACUGGCCACAUGUGGCUAUUCAAAUCAAUGAAAAUUGCAUAAAGUGAAAAAUUCCUUCCUCAUUUACACUAACGACAUUUCAAGUGCUCAUUUGCCACAUGUGACUCGGGGCUGCUUUAGUGAACAGGCAGGUAGAGACCAUGUCCACCUGUUGAACCCACAGUGCUAGAGAACGAAACUGACUUAACAAGUACCAGCCCCAGCCUUGCAGGGGGAACCUUAUCUCCCUGGGCAAACCGGGAGGAUGGGGAGGGCUGAUGGGGCCCUGGCGCUGGAGCGUGUUAUCAGUGACCCUGCUGCUCCACAAAGUAGAGGACUGGUGGCCUAGCCUGGGCAGGCCGCCUCUUCUGUCCCCACUGGCUGGGGUACAGGGGAGUCGCCCUUGCCUCCUGCAUCCUUCACCCCUACAACCUGGGGUCCCAGCUGGCUGGGCCCUGUGCACUGCCCUCCUCCCCCUUGCCAUGUCCUUUCCCUCUGGCUAUGUUGGGAGUGAGCACAUCUUACAGCCACCUCACACUGUUGUCUGUUACUUAAUUUUUUUUUUGAUAAGAUAAUAAAACCUGGUACUUUCUA